AUGUCACCCAACGGUUACAUUGAUACGACGAAAACAUGUUCGGAAAAACCGGAUGUGGAAGAAAAUAAGGAAAUAAGAAAUAACGACGGAAAUGAAUUCAAACCCGUCCUUAUAUGGGUUAAUAUUAUAAGCAUAACCAUUUUACACGCUCUCGCCAUUUUUUCAUUUUUCAAAUGGAGUUUUGCAACAAAAUUAUACACUUACCUAUGGGGAUUCCUCGUUGGAUUUUUGGGGGGCUUCGGAGUCACGGCAGGAGCUCACAGAUUAUGGACACACAAAUCGUACAAAGCCAAAUGGCCAUUGAGAUUAAUAUUGGUCAUUUGUUAUUCCAUUGCCGGCCAGAAUACUUUAUACGAUUGGGUAAGAGAUCAUAGAGUUCAUCAUAAAUACAGCGAAACUGAUGCUGAUCCACAUAAUUCAAAUCGUGGAUUUUUUUUUGCACACGUUGGAUGGUUGAUGCAAAAAAAACAUCCGGAUGUAUUGAAAAAAGGAAAAUUGGUAGACAUGUCGGAUUUGUUAGAAGAUCCGAUAGUUUCAUUUCAUCAAAGGAAUUUUACAUUAUUCAAAAUAAUUUUUUGCUUUUUAAUACCCAUAGCGGUACCUUGUUAUUUUUGGAACGAAUCAUUUAUAAUAAGUUUAAUGGGAAUAGGUUGCGUACGAUAUGUUUUGGGACUUAAUUUCACGUGGCUUGUUAAUUCAGCAGCUCAUAUAUGGGGUAACAGACCAUAUGACAAGAGAAUCAGUCCGACGGAAAAUUUAGCCGUGGCAAUAGCCUCAUUCGGUGAAGGAUGGCACAAUUACCACCACGUUUUCCCUUGGGAUUAUAAAGCAGCCGAACUUGGAAAUUAUAAAGUUAAUAUAACGACAUUCGGAUUGGACAUGUUUAAAAAAAUCGGUUGGGCUUACGAUACAAAAGAACCAUCGAAAGAACUCAUUGCGAGAGUCAGUAUUAAAUAUGGCGACGGAAGUCAUAAAAAUUGUCCUUCCCCCCACGAAAUUGAUGAAAAUGGCGAACCCGUUAAUUGUUUUGAAAAAAAUCACCACGAAUGA